UGAAUAACAGUUACUUGCCCUGUACAUUUAAGUAGAAGUUACGCGUGGUUGUCAAAUAAAACGUCUUCGUGACUUAAAGGGAAGGGCUGAAGUUCAAACAGACUUUAUUAUCGAAGUUGGGCGUUGAGGAAAGUCACGGUCGGUUGUUUUGAGACGAUAUCAGAGUUUCAUGGAUGUAUUGUUAUUGUGGAGUGAUUUACCGCAUCGCCUGUGUAUUAAACUCACGCGUGCAGUAAACUGACUGACUGCUGUACACGCCUGCUUUUAUUUGUAGCCUAUUCAACAGACACAUUCAAUUACGAUUGUUUGAAGGUUCGCUUUUGUACUAUGUGAUGUAUGUCACUUUCACUUGACUAAUGUGUUAAUUUACCAGAAUGACAGAAUUUUUAGCUUCCUUGUUACAUUUCUUAAGAGUUACAAGAUCUACAACUGUAAGAUGAAUGUGUAGCAUUCGUUUCCCUCCUCAAGCUACAUAAAUUGAAAACAAGUUAUGAACCGUUUCAUAGUUUGCUUUUGGCUGGAAGGGACAAGCAUUUGUUUUUGCUUUCACACUGUUCACCUAAAUGCUUAGUUGAUCUGAGGUGCUGUUAACUCAUUCUUGAGCAGUAGGAACUGGCACAGCACUUAUGUCCUGUGCAUCUUGGAAAGAUCAGAUCUCUGUCAUGCUGUCUUUAUAAAUAUCCCGGUGGGGUCUCUCUGCUGUGGGUGUAAUUGGGCAUCCCGCCUGCACUAAAUGCAUGCCUGUCCUGCUCGAAUGCAACCUUGAGCUGUGCUCUGUUCUUUGUCACUAGCCUGAUAACUUGACAGAUACUGAGAUGGGCAGUCUCGGGAUCGUUUCCUCUCUAAUUAGCCCAAAAUAGAUCUGGAUCAGAGCUAUGCGCUCCCUUGAAUUAAUCACUUCCUAAGUGCCAGAAUUGAUCGUUCUGGGUCAAUCACAGCCUGUUGUCCUAACACAAUAUUUUUUCCUCCUUCACAAGACUUAGUUAUUUAGCGGUACAAUAUGCAGAAAAUAUGCUUCCUACUGAAAUUGAAGUCAUUUGGCACUUGAUUUGAUUCCUGUCCACUCAUCCAGCCACUCUGGGACUGAAGGGGUCUGGUUGGCUUCCAACAAGCCACAGCGGCGUGCAUUGGUGAGGUUUUGGUCAGCUGUGGUUUUCGGCUCUUCCCAUUGUAUCCCAUCCCCACUGCUUGCUAUAGACCAAAGCUCAUUAAACUCCACAUGAAGGCCAGAGCUGAACCACUGACCCCUACAAUGAUGCUUUUUUGGGCACCUCCUACAGUAUAUGUGUGUGGUCCUGCACAGAAGUCUGCUUGCAUUUAGACAAAUAUAAUUUAGAGUGACACAUCUUGGAUAACAAUUGAUCGCAUGGGAUUUGAUUGUAAAUAUAUGCUGGUCUGUAAUUUUAAAUAGGUUUUUUUAUCUUUGGAAUGAUGCUCACCAAAGCUGCGUUUAUUUUAUUAAACAUAUGUUGAAGAAUAUUAGGAGAACUCCUUAGAAUAGUUCAGAAGACCUUUUUUAACCUAUUUCAUAUAUUUUUAAAUGUAAUAUAUUCCUGAGACAACAGCUAAAUUUUCAGUAGCCAUUAGUUCAGUCUUCAGUCUCACACGAUCCCUCAGAAUUUAUUUAUUAAUUUAUUUCAAACAGUUUUAGUGGAAUAUAUUACAGGAAAUAUAGUCUUUUUGAUUUUGUAUGCUAUAUGGUGACAUGUUGGGUAAGUUGUGGCUUAAUGUUUAGAGAGUUUGACUCCUCACCCUAAGGUUGUGGGUUCGAGUCUCGGUCUGGCAAUACCAUAACUGAGGUGCUCUUGAGCAAGGCUCCAAACCCUCAACUUAUCCCCGGGUGACACAGCAUAAAUGGCUUCCCACUCUUCCGAGUUUGUGUUCACUGCUGUAUGUGUGCACAUUGGAUGGGUUAAAUGCGGAGCACAAAUUCUGAGUAUGGGUGACUGUACUUGGUUGUAUGUAACAUCACUUUUAACAAAAUCAUGUUUAAAACACCAUUUGAAGGGUCUGAAAUGAACCCAGUCAGUGAUCUUUUGCAGUGCAUGUAGGCAAGCAUGCAGAAUUGCACUUACUCGUGAAGGCUUGCACGUAGCAAUUUCCGAGGCAUGCAAUUACCUUGCUUGCAUAGUCGAUCUGCUUCCGUUCAUUUUUGUUUUUAGUAAAGCAAUGCAAACCUCGUAAUUUUUAGAAACAUUUACUGGGCAGUACAGUCUAUUUCUGGGUUUUACUACUUGUUUUGUUUAAGAGCUCAAUUUAUACAAGGUUUUAAGUAGAGGGAAGUCAGGACUGCUUGAUCUGUGAAGGUCUUUUUGGAUGUAAACCGCUUCGGCCACAGAGUGCCUCGGAAGUAAACUGUCACAGACGGAGAGCUCUGCUAUAUGCUUGCAUGCUGUUGGUAUAAAUGGUUUCCCAUCAUGCAAGACAGGAAGUGACAGCUGGACCUAAGUGACUUUCAUGGAGGCCACACCUGGACAAGAUCCUCAGGACGAGCAGACAGCACUGACCAUCCCACGAAACCCCUCAAACUUCCAGCAGGGCCAUAGUCUGUUUGCUCUUACCACAUAAGGAGAGUACCAAAAAUUCAACAGGGGUGAAAUAUUUGGUGUUAAUAGCAUGUAUGUUUUUUAGAUAAGAUAAUAUUUAGAUGCAUUGUUUGAGUUAUUUUUUCCAUUGUUAACAGGUGACAUUGUUCAUAUUGCUCAUUCAUUAUUUUUUUCCAACCACUAUCAUAAACCACUGCAUACCCGCUCCAUUAUGAGCAUGACAUCUGUAAUGAUAUGUUAGGAUUACAACACGGCUUGUGUUUAUAAACCAAAAUGGUUUGGUAAGCACAGCAUGUUUGCGUCAAUGAAAGACACCGUGUCAGGUUCAUCUCUUCUGUGAGCUUCUCUCAGCAUAAACAUUGCAUUGGAUGUGCAUUGUAUGCUAAUUAAAAUGGAUCACCUCUGAAAGGUUUAUGUCGAUACUGGCCACAAUUUCAAGUGCAGCAUUAAAAAAAACCCCUCAGGCAACUAGUCAAGUCUCCAUCAAGAGGUUUCUGUGCCACAUCCAUUAGAGACUAUGUUCAGAAAACAAGCGUUCCUCCAGGGGACGGCUUCCCAAGAAAGCUCCUGAUUCUGAAUAUAGUUCAAUUUAGAUGCAAAAAAGCUCUAGCUGUGUGAGGCCCUGCUCCUUUUGCUGUUAUUUCCAUACAGCACAGACAAAACACUGCUGCCUGUGCACUGAAUAAAACUAGCAGCUCGCGACUCGCUGCUAUUGGAGAUCUGAAGCUUGCAGAAUAAUAUGUGACAGCUUUCUGGUGAUGCCUGGUGGAAAUGAGGGGUUAUGAUCAAAAUCUUUCGGAAACCAUAACAACUGAUCUUGGCAAGGCUCUAACAUUAUUGCAGGGUCUGUUGAGAUCUGGCCAUUUGUAGUGUGGAAUCUAGGUAGAGUGGGGCAGAUGGGGAUUUGGGAAAGUAUUCCCUGGUGUAAAGGGAGUGUUUCUCAGGGUCAAGGUCCUUUUCCCACAGUUCUUUAUAGACUUGUGUCUUUUCACAGAUGCAUUUGGCGCCAUGCAGAAGAGAGAAAAAUGCUGUUGAAGUUUGUUUACUGGUUGGUCAGAGGGCAGAGUGUUUAGAUUGGAGUUUUUCCAUCGUUCCGAUUUCUGCAAGGGAGGCUGAAAGGCCUGCUUGAGAAAAUGCACAGUUCGGUGUGAUCGUCAAUGAAUCAUGCUUUACACACAUUGUGUGAUAGUAACCACACAAUACAAAAGUAAACAAAUCAUUUUAAACAAGUCCAUUUAGUGUUUUAUUUGUUUUUGACAGCCUGCACUCUUGAAAUCUUAUUUGCCAAGUCUCAAGCUGUUGUUACAACAAUAUGAUCUAUUAAUUAUUUAUUGCCCUUUUAUUUAGGAUGUGCUCAUUUAAUUUUUUUGGCACAUGCACAUUCCUCAGCUGCUUUUGCGGGCUGUGGACACUCCCGCUCAUAACUCAUAUUGGGCCUUAUCUAUUCAGUCUGAUAUGGUUUGGAAAGUGUGCAUGCAGAGUUUCACUGCAAGCAUUCGGAUUUGCAUGGCAGGUGAGUGAAAAAUCUGAAAACUGCUCCCUGCAACUUAUUUAAAACUCGGGCAUUGCCAUAGUAACUGCUUAUCUGUUCUUACCCAGCGAACAUCUAUAAAUGGAGAGCGGUUUUCCUGUGAUUCACAUGAUCCUUUUGAGGUAAUGCAGGAUGCUCAAGUGAAAUGCAAAAGCGCAUGCCGCAGGUUUACGUACAGCUAAUGAGGUGAGUCUGUCUUACUUAGAGGAGGCUUUCAUAAACUGGAAAUAGAUAUCAUCUGAGCUGGUGAAUGAUGGACAUCUAUUUGGUGCUGCAGAGUUGUUUGACUAAUGACAAUCUGUCUAGAUUACUAGUUAGCUUGAUUACUGUUUUGUACAAAUCAGUACAAGGCUAAGCUCCUGUCUCUUGAGAACAUUUUGGCUGGUUUAGUAAGUUGCUGACAUAUCUAAUUAUUUUAGCUCUGCUGCAAAAACAAGCCAUCAUGGGAGCACACCUGACGUGAAGCCUGUGCCAAAAGUAGGCCUCCUAAAAUAACUUUGGACCAAACCUUUGGUCAAAAACAGUAUGUGAAAAGAAUAGCAUGUCCGAUUUCUCAAUAUACGUAAAAGAGUAAAGCAACAUAACUGAUAACUGUUACGCACAUUCAUACAAUAGAACAUCUAGUUUUUUAAUAGUUGUGAAGUACUUAACUAUUUAAAAAGGGGACUUCUCAAAGACUAUGACAUUUUGGACCAGCCAUUUGUAGUGGUAUCUGAAAUCACAGUGCACAUUGUCGAGUAAACUUGUUCAAUUGUGCAGUAACAAGUAUAUGACCAAUGUGUACUCAAUGGCAAGUCUCAAAAGAAUACUUGAAUGAAUGAAUUCCUGUAUCUCAGCAGAAGAUAGCAUCUGCCGGCCGUCUGCCACACUGAGUGUUUUCUUUUUUCUUUUUCAUUCACUUUUUUUCAAGUGUAUUGUGUUAGUGGAGUAAUAGGGAGGAAUGAAUGAGGUUAUAAGGAGAGCUUUCUAAUGAAUAGCGGGUUAACAUUCUGAUAAAUACAGUAUGUGUGUUCUAUGUGUUUCUAUGCUUAUGACAUCAUACAGAUUCCAGAAAGGCACAUGCUUUGUGACUGACAGGUUGGUAAUAAGCUUAGGAACAUGUUUAAACAAACAUUUCAAACAGAAUAGAUGACAUAAUGGAAUCAGAAUUGUCUUAUCUUGUCUCUUGUGAUGGUACAGGUUUACUUGAUUGUCAGUCAGACAGUGGAGAUCAUUGUUUUGUCAGUGUACUGUAGUUUCAGAACUGAAUUGUCCCACAUGCUGCGAACAAGAUGCACAGUGAGCUGGGUGGCCGUUUCCACAAGGCCAUGCCACUAACUUAUGUUUGAUGCAAAUGACAAAACUGUCCUUUCAAACUCAAAAAUGUGUAUUCCUUUCAUUGACUUGCAAAGUAAUCUAAUCCUCAGCCUUGUUUCGUUCUAAAACAAUACCAAACUAGGGCUUGUGGCAUGUUUACAGGGUUCCCAGCGACAGAUCUUUCUCAUAAAGGCUACAUUAUGCACAUUUCUGGAGAGGAGCCCAUUGCCUGAGCUCCUUCACGCUCACAGUGGGACGUGUUUCCUCGGGGUAGCUCUGGUGUCAUUUCACAGGCCUGUAGCAUGUGGAAUGCAGCAGGAUGAGUAUGUGCUAAACGGCCAAUCACUGUCCGCCGCUCUAACACUGCGCUCUUGUGUACAGUACUCGGGCAUGGAAGCAAAGACAUUCUUCCAGUGCCAGCAGUGCUGCCAAGAGUUCCACAGGACAAUUAGAAAGGAAGGAGGGCAAAAUUUGAGAGAGAACGAGAACAAAGCUAUUGUGUGGCUUUGGUUGUAUGCCUUUCUUAUUGCUCUACUUGAAUGGCAGAGAACCUUUGUAGUUUUUUUACUUUAUUUAUAAGGCCAUGUUAAAUGUUUUAUGGAAGGCGUUGCCUCUAACAGUGGGAAUCAGUCUCCUCUGGCACAAUUCUGCUGUGGGUAAAGGAUGCUAAAUUGGGAUUUUUGAACUUUACAUUGACUAUGAGAACUGAUAGAAUGCCAGUAAAUGUUCCUUUCUUUUUUAUUAUGGAAAGAGGCUGCACUAGGUCCAUGUGAACAGCAAGCAUGUGGAAUAGUAAUAUCAGAGGGUUGCCGCCCCAUUUCCUUGUUUACUUUCUUUCUGAGCAUCACCACCAGUGAAGAACACAAUGACCGGUGGAUACUAAGCUAUUUAGCACAUGCAAGAGGUUGCAGGGUUAUUAUAGUUAACUGAAACUAAAGCCAUUACAAAUUGAACUUGAAAUAAAAUAAACAUGAACUUAAAUCAAACAGCAGUCAUACUGUGAUGAUCAUGCUGAAUUUCUGACACUGUCAGAAAAUUAUUUUAGGUGGAAAUAUGUGAAAAAAUAUCAAACCAUUAAUAAAAACUACAACAGAAUCUCAAUGGUACUAAAAUAACACUAGGGUUUGUUUGCUGCUUCUGUGGAGUAUGACCUCCUUCUAUCAUCUCGUUGGCCACAAUACUUUAAAUCAUGCUUGGACUAGAAGGAAACAAACCCUAAUAGGAUUCCUAAAUCAUUUGUUGUUUUUCUCUCCAUCCCCAUACAGCCUCAUUGGUCGUUGGACAUGUGAAAUUGUUGUUGUUUAGAGCCUUCCAGCAGCUGUGGAACGGACAGGGGUCGCAACAGUCGGCCCUCCUCAUCGUGUCAGUGGGAAAGUGCUCUCCAUGCAUUCGUUUGCUCUUUCUUCACCCUAAUGGCUCCGCUGCUCUGUGGGGGGAACAGAAAUCAUAAAUCAGAUCUGUCCCUAGGGGAAAGUGAGAGGACAGAAAACAAGCAUGAAAACUUUCAUCACGUUCCAUAAAUGCGGGUCAUGGCGGCUGCUAGGGUUGUUUAUGAACGCUACCUCCAUCCGACACUGAUGGGCCCGAUACCGGGAUGGCUUUUAGUCAGUUGUGGUUUAUUGAUUGCUGGAUAAGAGUGGAUGUUAUCUCAGACUGAGGCCAUGCUGAGGUGGUCCGUGGGUGUUGAGAUGGAGCUCAGGGUGGCUGUUAUCCGUUCUGCCUUGCAGGCUAGUACGCACAAUUCCAGUGCAUGUACAACCAGUAAUGACACCCCUGUGGACCAUAGAAGAGCCACACAGACCGACGGGUGAAACGAGGAAAACAAGCCUUUGUAGCCUAGCUCUGACAUUUCAGUCUCAUGUUGUGAGAAAGUAAUAAUCAGGUUAAACAUUACAAAUGUCAUCACUGUGGGAACUUGGAAUUAUAAAUGUUAAUUUGGCUGUUAAUGUCUAGAUUUGUGUACAUUGCUUAUUUGGAUUUAAAUUUAGGAUGAAAUGCUUUAUGCUGAAGGCCUCAUGGAUAGUUUACCAGAUGAAUAUCUAGCUUUAUAUGGAAGAGAAGUUUACAUUUUUGCCCAAAACAGCUAUACCCUGUCAAGGACUGCUGUCGAAUGCUGAUGUGUUUCCUGUAAAAGUCAGUGCUACGUUUUCUUGAAAUGUAAAUGCAAAAUACAACCUCAUUACUGUGAGACUAGUAGGCAGAAAGCUGACGUUUGUUUGCCUGCCAGCAAUAAACUGAGCUCAGGCUUAUUUUUUGGAAAGAUCUUAAUGGUUGUUCCUUGGAAAACGCCCUGAUAGUGGGUGGGGUCCCAAAUAAGGAACACACUGUUACAUGAAGGUUGCAACAUGUCGAUAUGACUGUAAUAUCAAUGCUUGGCUGCUAAUCAGGGAAAAGUGCUAUGCUAAACAUGCCUGAUUUCACAAAUAAUGUCAUGUUUAUGAUACCUUGUGCUAUCAAAGCCUAUAGGGCUUUUGUGCAAAUGGUUAUGUGCAUUAUUUAAAAGACCUUGGGUCCAAACCUGAUUAGUAUUUAGCUGCUUGUGGUCUUAUUUUCAAUCUAUUUAUUCUGCUGCAUUGCUAAAACACAAUGACACACUUCCUUCAGGCUGCGUUUAAGUAGUUUCCAUGGCUACAAACGCUCUUGCAGCUGGAUGGGCAAAAUGAGCAGAGAGCAUGGACAAUAAUGUACUCCCAAUCACCCCUCCUUCUCUCUUUCUCCGCUCUCUCCCUAAAGGUCUUGUUUUGGCACGAUAGGGGGGGAUUUUGGGGACUUUUAUGCUGCAUUUAAGAGUAGAGGAAGUUUGACUGCACAGAUGUUGCGCCCCGGCACAGGUGUGGCCUAACUGGAGCGCUCUGGAGGAGCUGAAAUGAAGAGAUGAACAGAUAAAAACACAUCUACAGGCAUAGGGAGGGAUGGUGGGUUACUGAGAAGAUCUAAGAUGGGAGAUUCCCAGGUGAAGCUUUGGUCAGAAAGCCUUUGGUAAAUACAUCAAGAGCCUGUCAGGUUCUUUUGACAACGUAAGGUAGGAAUAUGAAUUCUCUCUGGACUGCGAGAGCUGCGUUGUGCUAGAGCUGGACUCAAAAGAAACAGGUGGCUUUCACAUUGGAUUCCUGAACAUCUGAUUCUGGUCGGGAAAGCAAGAUAAAGACAGAGAGAGAGGCCUGAACAUCUGCUGAACACAUCAGCGGAAGGCUAUCAGCAGGUGGGCUGUAUGCUGUGGCUUUGGAGACAGAGCCAGAGGACUACUUUAUGCCCACAGGCCUCGGCUGUCCAAAGUGGGGGAUGAUCUGGAACGCUGCACACAGGCCUAUCAUUAGGCCAUCGGGGCCCAUGCUAAGGAAUGGAUAGUUUUGCUACUAAAUGUUAGUGUAAAUUCCCUUUAACUAUGGGUCAGCAGUGAAGGAUUGGUCUGGAAAUCCUUUUUUUCCUCGGAAUCAGCUAAAGAAAAGGAACUUUUAUUUGCUUUUUAGGAUUUAUAUAAUUUGAUGUUUUUAAAUGAAUGUCUACAAAGCAUUUAGCGCUUUUAGGUGACUAGCGGUAUAUUACAAAGCAGACUUUUGGAUUUAUGAACAAACAAAGACCAUGGCGGCUACCUAUCGCAUUGUGGUCAGCAGUAUUAACUGUUAUAACAGCGUUGUGAUUGACCGUCGUGUCCAGCACACUGUACACUACUGUAAUGGGCCCUGUGGUGCAAUAAAACAUGGACUGAACUGCACAGUGGCUCACCGCAGCACUUGUGCUGAACUUCUUGACACCCCCAUAUCUAGAACUUGCUCUGACCGGCCCAUCAGCCUUCAUGAGUCCAAAACGAUGGAGCAUGGUGCUUUCUGUGAUGACUACCACCAGGUCGUUCCCAAAGUUAAGAAAGGAUCUGCCAUUCAAACCUCAGCAAGCCUCAAGGAUAUUACAGGGGAAGCUAUCAACCUGGCCAGUGGCAAAAUCAAGGAGUUUUCAUUUGAGAAAAUCAAAUACUCUACCAGCCAUGUGACUUUCAGAAAGGGCCGUAAGGUUCGGCCGGACUCCUUCAGCAGGAGGUCCACUGAUCUAGACAUCAUCUAUGGCCAGUUUGCAGGCAAUGAUGAGAACUGUCCUCCAUUCGGCCUGUUUCAGAAAUCUGUACUCGAAGAGCAUAAGCUAAGUCGCAGUGCAUCCCUAGAGCAGAACUUAAACAAUGUGGCCACACUAUACCUGAACAGCCUCACAGAGGAGAACCUUAUUACCCGCAUACUGGAGAAGACCAAGGCAGACAGCAGUGCCUCGGGAGAAGACAUAAAAGCCUGUCUGGACAUUCUCCUCAAGUGCUCAGAAGAUCUGAAGAAGUGCACGGACAUCAUCAAACAGUGCAUCAAAAGGAAGUCGAUGGGUGGAAGCAGCGACGAUGCUGGGAACCCUGAAGUCAUUUAUAAAAAUGUGAUGGCUCGUUUAUCCAACUACCUAAAGAGGCUUCCUCUUGAGCUGGAACAGGGGCAAAGUGUGAGGCAGGAGCACAGUGAGCUUGCCGAAUUAGUCAACAGCAUACAUGGGCUGCAACAAAUCCCUUUCUCCCCCAUCUUUGGAAAUGAGCAGCCUCCACGCUAUGAGGAUGUUGUUCAAUCUCCUCCGCCCACAAAGCCUCGAAUGAAACCCUCCCAUCCAGAACCUCCUGAAGGCUCUAGGGAUCUUGCAAGCAGUUUGAAACCCAUUCAGAGCCCCUCGGGUUUGCCAGCACGUACAGCUCCAUCAACUAAUGGGUUCCCACAUGGCAGCUUGCCUUCGACCUCCAGUAGUGGUUCAGCAUCUUAUAUCUGCCACCACACAGUCUCAGCCAGCCGACCGGACACAUUUUCUUCAACAAACUCUCUCUUGUCUAACAGUAGUGAAAACCUCUGUAAGGAUGCCAUGGAAGCUCUGUAUAUUGAGGAGGAGGAUUUGGAUUUGGGAAGGAUGCCGGACAGGGCAGUUAAAGGGGAUGGGAAGCACAGUUGUAGUAUUUCAGAGUCCAGACCAUUCUCCAAAAGACCCACUGGCUACUCCGAGCCUAAUAGUGUUGUUUCAGAUAAACUCCAUGAACUUAGUAGAAAUGGAACUGUGUUCAAGCCUAAAAACGACUCAGUGGUCAACCAGAUGUACUUGCCAAAAAGCACAGAUUCCAGACUGUUUCCUAGAUCAACCUCACACGUUAAUAAAGGGGGAUCCGAUGACAUUGAUAAAUUGCUGAUGGACCUGGAGUGUCUUUCCCAGAACAUGCAAAAAGAGCCCCCACUGCCCCCUAAACUUAAAAACUGUGCCCAGCAGACAGGUUCCCCCCAACAUUUGAUUGGUAACUCGGUGGCUAACGAUCUACCAGUGGCGGGUUUGUCUGGACCCUCGAUGACUAAGCCCUCUAAAACAGGGGUUGAGGCCACCGAAGAAGAUGAUGGAGCUCUGCUUCUCAGGAUUCUUGAGAGCAUUGAGAGCUUUGCUCAGGAGCUAGUAGAGAGUGGAGCUGGUAGAGGAACUCAGUCUAAGGAGCGAGAGGUCAUGCGACUUCUUCAGGACACGCUAGCCAGCACCAAAGCAGAGGUGGCCCCGCUCCCACUGCCUGUACCUCAGCCUGAGACUGCAUCUACACCAGCACAAACACCUAAAUGCACACCUGCCCCAACACCCUCAAGUGCACAUCCUGCUGUACAAACCCCUGCUUCUACUGUAAGGGACACCAGCUCAACGCUUCUCAUUCAACAGACGCCCGAAGUCAUCAGGAUCCAGCCUGAGAAGAAACCUGGAACACCUCCUCCAGCUCUAGCACCUGCACCCUCCUCGCCGACCCCACGGCCGCCCAGCCCUCCGCCAGCCAAAGUAGUGGCCACUCCCCCACCCUCCUCCAUAAACAUUCCACGCUUCUACUUCCCCAAAGGCCUUCCAAACUGUGCAGCCAACUAUGACGAGGCCAUUGCCAAAAUCGAGGCGGCCUUCACGGAGUUUGAGGAGGAGAAAGCUGACAUUUAUGAAUUGGGGAAGAUUGCAAAGGCUUGCGGGUGCCCCCUCUAUUGGAAAGCACCAAUGUUUAUUUGCGCUGGUGGAGAGAGGACAGGUUUUGUUUCUGUCCACUCAUUCAUCGCAACAUGGAGAAAGUUAUUACACAGCUGCUAUGAUGAUGCAUCCAAAUUUGUUUACUUGCUUGCCAAACCAGGCUGCAGUUACCUAGAACAAGAAGAUUUCAUCCCUCUGUUACAGGACAUCGUGGACACUCAUCCAGGGCUGACAUUUUUAAAAGAUGCUCCUGAAUUCCAUUCCCGGUACAUCACAACAGUGAUUCAAAGAAUAUUUUACACAGUUAAUCGCUCUUGGACAGGCAAAAUCAACAUGACAGAGCUCAGGAGAAGCAACUUCCUCCAGACUCUCGCGCUGCUGGAAGAAGAGGAUGACAUCAAUCAAAUCACAGAUUAUUUCUCUUAUGAGCACUUUUAUGUCAUUUACUGUAAGUUCUGGGAGCUGGACACUGACCAUGACCUCUUCAUCGACCCCAAGGAUCUGGCCAGGUACAAUGACCAUGCUUCAUCAAGCAGAAUCAUUGAGAGGCUGUUCUCAGGAGCUGUCACAAGGGGAAACUCAGUCCAGAGAGAAGGAAGAAUGAGCUAUGCUGAGUUUGUUUGGUUCCUCAUUUCAGAGGAGGACAAAAAGAAUCCCACAAGUAUAGAGUACUGGUUCCGCUGUAUGGAUAUGGAUGGAGAUGGUGUUCUGUCCAUGUUUGAACUGGAGUUUUUCUAUGAGGAGCAGUGCGAACGCAUGGAGGGGAUGGGCAUUGAACCACUGCCUUUCCAGGAUCUCCUGUGCCAGAUGCUGGACUUAGUUAAACCAGAAUGCCCAGGUAAAAUCACUCUACGAGAUCUGAAGCGCUGCAGGAUGGCACAUAUUUUCUAUGACACAUUCUUCAAUCUGGAGAAGUACCUGGACCAUGAGCAGAGAGAUCCCUUUGCAGUGCAGAAGGAUUUGGAAAGUGACGGUCCAGAGCCCUCCGACUGGGACAAGUAUGCUGCCGAAGAGUAUGAGAUUCUUGUGGCAGAGGAGACAGCCAAUGAACAGCUACGAGAGGGAUCUUUUGACGACGAUUACGAGUCAGAUGAGCUCACGGUCUCCUCAGACAUUGGAAAUAAAAUGGAUAAGCUGGUCAUAUCUGAUUUAUCGGCAUAA